CCCAGAGUGAGGCUGCUGUCGGCGCGGACGGAGGCGCCCCGGGACGGACCGCAGGAAGCCGCGAAGCCGCGGAGGAAGCCCGCUGGGGAGCCGGCUCCGCUGCGCCGCUCGCCCGCCCUCGCCAUGGUGCUCGUCAAGGAAUAUCGUGUUAUUUUGCCUGUGUCUGUGGAGGAGUAUCAGGUGGGUCAGCUGUACUCCGUGGCAGAAGCCAGCAAGAAUGAAACCGGAGGUGGCGAAGGGGUGGAAGUCUUGGUGAACGAGCCCUAUGAGCGCGAUGGAGAGAGGGGCCAGUACACGCACAAGAUCUACCACUUGCAGAGCAAAGUCCCUCCCUUUGUGAAGAUGCUGGCCCCCGAGGGAGCCCUCAACAUUCACGAGAAAGCAUGGAACGCCUACCCUUACUGCCGGACCGUUAUUACAAACGAGUACAUGAAAGACGACUUUCUGAUCAAGAUUGAAACCUGGCACAAAGCAGACCUGGGCAUGCAGGAGAACGUUCAUAAGCUGGACCCCAAUGAAUGGAAGAAUGUCGAAGCCGUCUAUAUAGACAUUGCAGAUCGGAGUCAAGUGAUUACGAGGGAUUACAACCCGGAGGAAGACCCAGCAAAAUUUAAAUCCGUGAAGACCAGCCGCGGCCCUCUGGGGCCCAACUGGAAGAAGGAGCUGGGCAAGCAGGCCGGCUGCCCAUACAUGUGUGCUUACAAGCUUGUAACAGUGAAGUUCAAGUGGUGGGGGCUGCAGAACAAAGUUGAGAGCUUUAUACAGAAGCAAGAGAGGCGGCUUUUUACAAAUUUCCACCGGCAGCUGUUCUGCUGGCUUGAUAAAUGGGUUGAUCUGACAAUGGAGGAUAUUCGCAGGAUGGAGGAUGAGACAAAGAGGCAGCUGGAUGAGAUGAGAGAAAAGGAUCCCUUGAAAGGAACAUCUGCUGCAGACGACUAGUGUGGAUUCCUCUUUAUGCGCGUUUGCAAACCAGCCAGCAGGAAGGCCCAGGAACUCCACCCUCUUGACCAAUGGACCAUCUCCGGAUCACGUCCUUCUAUCUCCAGUCUGCAGACAACCUCCAAUCUCCCCGAGUUAACUCUAGUUGCCCUUAAUAUCGUGAGCCAAUAGAGUGUCCUGAGCACUCUGGCCUUGGCACCUGGGCAGGAGGCGGCUCCUUUGGGAUGCUUUGGGACUCUGCCACCUUCCCCAAAGAGUGCCCGGGCCAAUCCCAUGGGCCUCUUUAAUUUCCAUGUGGCAGUUUUAGCUGUAGUAGUCUUGUGAUGUGGUGAUUUAGGUUUCAUAUGUGUAUAUAUAUAUAUUUCCCCCCUUUUAAACAUUGGGAUAAACUGCUGCCUUUGUUCUCUCCAGCUCUUCACUUUUCUUUGUCCGUUUGUGGAGAGGGGAACUCAGUAUUAGCGUGUACUGAUUGCUAUUCUGUAGGAUACUAGGCCAACUUUUUUGCUCUCCGAGUAACAGGAAUGGGCAGGGGUUCCUGGUGUCCAGCGUCAGGCAUUGCUGCUAACACACAACUCUUGAAACACCCUGGUGGUUUCUGCUCCUUGCCCAGUUUUCUUGUUUUUCAGCCCCUGUCGAUAUAGUUCUGGGGGCCUUUGAUCAGUGUUGCUGCUUUUGGGGCUGUGUGCGUUGGGGCAGGUGACUGCGUUGACCUCUUAGAACAGUUAUGGACGUAGUCCUGGGAGUCCACUUUCUUGUCCUUUAUUGCUGUAGUUAAGCCGGAUGGUCUCUUACCUGACCACUGAAAAAUUGCACAAGCAGAAUUCAGAUAUUCUUUUCCGUUUUGCUCAGGUGCGCCUGCGUUGGAGGUCUGUGCUGCUUCAGGGCAAUAAGGCCCUGCAGUCUGAGCAGGGAGUUUGCAGAGGGGGGAGUUUGCUUGCCUCUUCAGCCGUUGAAAGCUGCAAAUCUUCUCUAAAAGGCAGCGGAGCUCUUUGCUGCUAGGAGAGCAGCCCCCACCUGUUGAGGGGAUGCUAAAAUCCAGGCGUGUCUCACCGUGGGGCUGUUCUCUGCUUUAGACAAUCAAACGGGCAGGAUGGAGCUGAGCAAACACUGCCAGGAGCAGCAGAAACUCAUGGCGUGGGGGAGGAAGCUGCAGCUCUGCUCCCACUCGCCCUCCAAAGCAGACUGCAGCUCCUAAGGCAGUGGCUUCCUCCAGGGAUGUUGCUUUCAUUUCACUCUGGAAGGGGAGAGGGACACAGGCCUUCCCGGAGCAUAGAGGAAAGGUUUGGGCAGGGAGGAGGGUGGCCCUGCCUCUGGGGGGAGGCAGUUUAUCCCUGUUAUCCUAUUGUUUUGUUCAUUAUUUGCCUUAUUGAUGUCCAAGUGCAAUAAGCAAACUUAAUCUAUCCUGGUAGCUCUCUUUCUCUGACUAUCGCUCUUGGGAGACGCUUUCUUAAUGACCUUGGAAGGCUCUUUUUUUGGUAAUUUGAGUUUAGCAGGCUCACCAGGUGGAAAUGAAUGGCAGAAAUGGGACUCGGCUCAGCAUUGGAACCUUUUCUGUGGUGGGAGAGAGAGUGGGAACCCCCAGCAGCCGAGCCAAAGUCCUUGGGGACCAGGAAUGUGUUGAGUACUCCUUUGUUCCUCCCCCCCAGGGCAAGCAGGCCCCUGGCUAAUCUUCCUGUAGUGUAAAAAACAACAACAGAGAACUGGGAAUUAAAACACUGAACUUUUGGGGGGUUAAUAAGAUGUAAGAGGAUUCUUGUGCUUGAAUGCGUUACUGUUUUCAUGGCUGUUGUUAUAUCACUCCUGCUGCUGAAAGAUUUGUGUUUUCGCUGAGAGGCUUUCUAGCCGUUGACAACGUAUCUCUAUGGAAACAGAUGGUGACAUUUUGAAGGGUGGGGGAGAGAAUAAUAAAAAGAAGAGAUUGCAAUAUGAAGGUGCGAAAGCUCUUCUUAAAACACAAGGCUUUCCUGCAUAGCCGUAAGAGCAAGAGAAAUGCAGAUAACUUCCAGUCUGUGUCUCCUCCAUUCUGCUCUUUGUGUUUGAGUUUAUCUAGAGUCUCCCCCCCCCCAAGCUGCACUUGAGGCCUUUAUUGAGCCUUUUCCUCCCCAGCUGCAACCAUGACUGACCUCUUUGUUCCUGCUGGGGAGGGGGAAGAGAGGAGAGGAGCGUGGCGAUGUGAGCCGUGGCAAGUGCUCUGUACAGUGCGUUGCAUAUGGCUGUCUCCUCCAGAAGCCCCAGACCCGUUGGCUUCUAGGGGAGGAGAGCGGCUGGAGCAUUGAGACGACGCACCCUGCAGGUCCCUCCUGGGCUGCCCUGCUUGGGUUUCCAGUCAGCUCUGCAGCUCCGGCGGGGGAGAGAAGGCCCCCGGCCCCCAGCAUGCUCUUGCCUUCUGGGCUCGUCCUUGGCUGGCCCCUGCAGGGAGGCCCUGGCCAGUUUUGAUUGGUUUCCUCAUGCUAUUCCUUUUUAUGGCAUACACUUCGUAGAAUUGAUUAGAUGGUCUCAUUGUUUCUUUCAUGUGAGUUUGUGCCUUUUUUGUCUCCCAAUCUUCCAAUACAGGCAUAUUGGAAACAACUCUAAUAAAAUCAUAGACAGAGUA